GUCGAGGAGAUCAUCAACGGCUGGAAGAAGAGCUUGGAGAGCGACUGCGCGGCCUUCCAGCUCCAGGCGGAGAAGCUGCGGUCCUGGGAGAACGAGAUCCGGAGCUCGCAGGCGGAGAUCGUCGAGGUGUCGUCGUACGCCGAGAAGCUCGUCAUCUCGCAGCAGCGCACGGAGAAGGUGCUCACGGAGGUCCGCGCGUACCAGGACGACCUCGACGCGGACCUCGACGCCAUGGAGCGCCACGUCGACGACCUCUUCGCGCGGUCCGCGACGCGGCCGCCCCUCGACGCCGACGUCGAGCGCGAGCACGCGUACGACCUCUCGGUCAAGCUCGAGAACCAGCUCGGCGCGAUGCUCGACCAGCUCAAGGACCUCGUCGUCAAGCUCAACGUCCAGCACGACAGCGCCCUCGGCGAGGAGCCCGCGCGCGACAUCAUGAAGAUCGUCAACGCGCACCACCAGAGCCUCGCCUACCUCAACGCAAAGGCCCAGAAGAUGGACGCGGACGUCUCCGCCCUCGAGGCCGACGUCGAGCAGCUCCGCCGCCAGGCGCCGCCCUAG